CAAUCGGAGUUCAGUACGUACCAUGGCCCGGAAGAGUAAUCCGGUUCAUGUUUUUAAAAUCCUCUCCAUGUCUUUGAUGUUUCUGUGCUCCGGCUCCGGUCGUGUUUUGGUCAGUUCUAGGAGGAGGUAGAAAGAUGACAGCCAGAAAGUCCGGGUCGCGUUUAGAGACUGAAAUAGAGCGCUGUCGAUCUGAGGCACAAUGGGACAAGAUACCAGAACUCGUGCGGCAGCUGUCUGCGAAACUCAUCUCAAACGAUGAUCUCGGGGAACUUCUGCUGGGGGAGGCCAAACUCCAGCAGUACCUCAAAGAAAACCCCAUUAAGCAGGGAACCAGUCCCCGCGGGCCCCGGCCCCGCCUCCAGGAGGUCCGGAAACACUUGACGGCGGCUCUUGAUCGGGGGAACUUAAAGCCUGAAUACAUGCAGGAGGCCAGUCUGAUCAUGGCUAAGCUGUGCUAUGUGGAGGCUGAUUACAGGGAAGCGCUGAAUCAGUAUGGCCGUGUGAAUCUGGAUGAGAUGCAGCUGGUGGGAGCUCCAGUGUACAGACUCUCCAUGAUCGCAGAGGCCUAUGCCACCAAAGGUCUUUGUCUGGAGAAAGUGCCCAUGGCGUCCCCAUCGCUGUCCAAUCGUGCUGCAGACAGAGACCAGGAGAUCAUCACUUGUUAUGAGAAGUCUGGAGACAUUGCCCUGCUCUAUCUUCAGGAGGUAGAAAAGGCUCUUAGUGCUGGCAUUCAGAACCGCAGUCCAAAGCCUGGCCCGGUCACAACACAGGAACAGGAACUUGGCUACUUCCUAGAGACUGGACUUCAGAGGGCUCAUGUUAUUCAUUUCAAAAAUGGUAACCUGACCCAUGGCGUCGGCCGCUUCCGGGAGAUUCUCCGAGCCGUUGAGACCAGAACCACUCAGAACCUGCGUAUGACUAUUGCCAGGCAGCUCGCAGAGAUCCUGCUGAGGGGCAUGUGUGAACAGAGUUACUGGAACCCCCUUGAAGACCCCCCUCACCACUCCCCACUGGAUGAUCCGCUCAGACACAACCCACACAUAAAGGACUAUGCCCUCAGCCGCCGUCCACGCAUCUACUCAGGAGAGAAUUUGUUUUGUCCGCAGGAGAACACAGAGGAGGCUUUACUUUUGUUGUUAAUCAGUGAGUCCAUGGCUAACAGAGACGCCGUAUUGAGUCGAAUCCCUGAACACAAUAAUGACCGAAUCAUCAGCCUCCAGAGUGCCUCGCUGGUGUAUGACCUGCUGACCAUCGCGCUUGGCCGCCGCGGACAAUAUGAGAUGCUCUCAGAGUGUCUCGAAAGAGCCAUGAAGUUUGCCUUUGAGGAGUUUCAUCUCUGGUUUCAGCUCGCUCUCUCUCUGAUGGCCGCUGGGAAGUCGGCUCGAGCAGUGAAGGUGCUGAAGGAGUGUAUAAGACUGAAGCCAGACGAUCCCACCAUCCCUCUGUUGGCCGUCAAGCUGUGUAUUGGAAACCUGCACUGGCUGGAAGAAGGUGAGCGCUUCGCUAAAAUAGUGAUUGAUAUGGGUGAGAAGGCUGCUGAAUUCAGGGCCAAAGGCUAUCUAGCUAUUGGUCUAGUCUACAGUCUGAAAGCCACAGAUGCAUCUCUUCGAGGAAUGCAGGAAGAGUAUCAGAAAAAAGCGCUGAGUGCUUUCCAGAGAGCACAGAGUCUGUCCCCCACUGAUCAUCUGGCUGUUUUCUACCUGGCACUGCAACUGGCUGUAUCUCGACAGAUUCCAGAAGCUCUCGGUUAUGUUCGCCAGGCGUUACAGCUGCAGGGCGAUGAUGUUCAUUCACUGCACCUGCUGGCCUUGCUGCUGUCAGCUCAGAAACACUACCACGAUGCUCUCAACAUCAUCGAGAUGGCCCUCAGCGAAUACCCUGAGAACUUCAUUCUUUUAUUUACAAAGGUGAAGUUGGAGACGUUGUGUAGAGGCCCAGAGGAGGCGUUGCUCUCCUGCAAACGCAUGCUGCAGAUUUGGAAAUCCUGCUACAACCUCACCAACCCCAGUGAUUCUGGGAGGGGGAGCAGUCUUUUAGACAGAGCUGUUGCUGACCGUCGUCAGCUGAAUGCCAUGUCACUGCCUGACUUCAGUGAUCCAGAGACAGCCUCUCAUGCCUCUUCCUCCCUCUCGGGGUCAGAACCUGUAUCUCCUAUUUUUCCUCUUCCAUCCUUCUAUCCUCCACCCAAGACUGAAUCCACUCAGAGGCCCAGCAACCAUGCUUUCUGUGACCACGCCCCCCGUCGACGCUUCUCCUCCGCCAGCAACCUUCCAGAUGCUUUCUUUCAUGGUUUUGACUCCUUUAUUGGGGUUUGUUCCGUCCAUGCCACUUCUAUAGCAGCAUCACGUGUGGAACAGGCGCUGUCUGAGGUGGCCUCCUCCCUCCAGAGCAGCGCCCCAAAACAGGGACCGCUCCACCCUUGGAUGACCCUCGCCCAGAUCUGGCUGCAUGCAGCGGAGGUGUAUAUUGGAAUGGGAAAGGCGGCGGAGGCGACAGCGUGUACGCAGGAAGCAGCCAACCUGUUCCCCAUGUCCCAUAACGUGUUGUUUAUGAAGGGUCAGGUGGCAGAGCUGCGGGGGAACGUGGACGAGGCCAAACGCUGGUACGAGGAGGCUCUGUCCAUCAGCCCCACCCACGUCAAGACCAUGCAGAGAAUGGGUCUGAUAUUGCAUCAGCUACAGAGGUACAGUCUUGCGGAAAAGUUCUUGCGUGAUGCGGUGCAGGUGAACAGUACGGCACAUGACGUGUGGAACAGUCUGGGUGAGGUGCUGCAAGCCCAGGGCAACGACACCGCCGCGACCGAAUGCUUCCUUACUGCCCUAGAGCUGGAGGCCAGCUGCCCCAUCUUACCUUUCACCAUCAUUCCCCGCACCCUCUAAGACACUCCGAACAAAAACCUCUGUCCGAGAGUCGUGCAUGAUCCACAGCCCUUAAUCGCACACAAACGCCCGACCCUGAAACUUCUGUUCUAUCCUGGAAUGCCUUUCCCACCCCUCUAAACUUUUUAUCUGUUCUCAAAUGUGGAUCUGCAGAAAAUUAAACUGUGAUUGACACGGUUAUCAGUGUGAACUCUUCUACACUGCUUCACUUUCGUUCUUUUUACCCCUUCCCUCUUCAUUCCCUGCUAGAAUGUCCUCCUGCUUCUGUACAUCAUAGGGGUCCCCGCUCCCUUCAGCCCUCUCAUUGGUCAGUUUCACGCCACUGUAUGAUUGGACCAAUGAGAGACCUGUACAAGCUGUUGUCACAGUGAAGCGGGUGAUUGAUGCAGCGGUUUCAUCAAACCACAGUGCUUCCUUUUUGGCCGAAACAUGUCCUGAAACAUACAAUCUCAAGAUUCUAGUAGCUGUGUGUCAUACAAACCAAUAAUAACACUGACACAGAGACGGUCAAAGGUGUGUGUACAUGUGCUGUGUGUUUGUGCAGAGUUAAAUGGAUGGUGAGAGAGAGAGUGUCCUUUAUAUGUGUAACUAUCCAGAGUCUGUGGUGCGUGCGCAUGCUUAUUUUGAAAGGAAUACUUGACACACUGUUACAGUGGAUCCCUGUUACAUGCACAAGUGUAAUAGAUUGUGUUUCCAUGCUGUUGUUCCUGAGGGCAGGUGUGCCAACCUUGUUGUGACUCCUAGAGAAACAUUACGUCCCCGCGCUCUGAUCAAACACUCUAUUGUUUAUAUAUAUUCUAUGUACAAAAGAAUCACCUAGAGCAAAUGGAACGGAUGCCAAAAGAACAACUAUUCUAAAAGCAAAUAUUUUAUCUUGGUUCUCGUUAAAAGAGAAGAUAAAUCUAGUUUUGGACGUUGUUUUGUUUGUUGGUUUAUUUUUCCACAUUUAUCAUGAUUGAGAGGUCAAGAUUUAUAUUGUUGAUUUAUCAGAGAUGUGUUAUAUUAGAUGUUUAUUUAUCUGUGUCUCAGUGGCCAUGUGUUAGACGGGUGAAGAUGUAUUCCGUGUGUGUGCGUGGUGUGUGUUCCUGAGAAACAAACGUGAGGGGAGUUGGACUGUUACAGACAGACACGUUGAACUCUCCGAUAUGCAAACUAUCUUCAUAAUGGUCAAAAUUAUUUCAGCCACAUAAGAGAGAGAAAGUGAUUGUAUGCGUGUACUUGAAGUCUUAGCAAUGUCAAUCACAGGGCCAAGCACACAACUGGAAAAGCUGUUUUAUGAUGUCAAUAAAUGAUUGAUUGUGAAAAGUC